AUGUACACAUCGUCUUAUUUAACAUAUUCUUCAAUUGGUUCAACAAUUCAUCGUAAAUGCAUUAUUGCAAUUAAACAUAAGGUUCCCCUACUUAUCUCAUCAUAUACCCAUAAACAUCCUUCUUAUUUGACUUACUCUUCCCGCUUAAUUUCCACUUCUAAAAGAAUCAAUUCGAAUAAUGAUCAAAAUAAAAAUCCAUUAACCCCGAAGCAGAAACAACUCAUUGAUUGUAUGAUCAGAAUCGAUCAAGCCGGUGAAAUUGGCGCAAACUACAUUUAUAAAGGUCAGUUGGCAGUGCUGGGAAGCGAUGAAAAAAUUAGUCCCGUCAUUAAGGAAAUGUGGGAACAAGAAAAGUUGCACCUUAAAACUUUUGAUGAAAUCAUGCCACGUUUUAGAGUUAGGCCCACGAUUUUACGUCCAAUAUGGGAAGCUUUAGGGUUCAUUCUUGGAGCUGGUACCGCUAUGAUGGGUAAAGAAGCUGCUAUGGCUUGCACAGAAGCUGUAGAAACUACGAUUGGAGAACAUUACAACGAUCAAUUGCGGGAUCUAUUAAGCAUCGAACACGAAGAUAUUGAUGAAUUGAGAAAGAUCAUUAAACAAUUUCGUGAUGAUGAAUUACAACAUUUGGAUACUGCGGUAGACUUGGAUGCAAAGAAGGCACCAUUUUAUGGUCCUUUGACAGCGAUAAUACAUCAUGGUUGCAAGGCAGCGAUUUGGAUAACUGGUAGAUUCUAA